CACUCGCCUGCUGUUCCGGACGAUGGGCGUCCGGAAGUUACGGGGGAACUACGCUUCCCGGCUUCCCGGCGUCUGUGGCGCUAGCGGAAGGAAGGAAGGAAGGGCCGCGGCGUCUCCCCGCGCCAUGUUGCUGCUGGGCAGGCUGCCGCGGCCGGCGUGGGUCCCGCGGAGCCCGGCGCAGAGCUGCAGCUCCUCGGCCGCCUUGGAGGGCCCGGCGCGCACGCGCUCCUACUGGCGGUACCUCAGGCGCCUUGUAUGGGGCGCGCCGCAGCCGCCGUACGCGCGCGUGUGCCAGGUCGGGGACCCGGUGCUGCGCGUCGUGGCGGCCCCGGUGGAACCCGAGCAGCUAGCGGGGCCGGAGCUGCAGCGGCUGGUGGGGCGGAUGGUGCAGGUAAUGCGACGGCGCGGCUGUGUGGGCCUUAGUGCGCCGCAGCUGGGGGUGCCGCUGCAAGUGCUGGCGCUCGAGUUCCCGGACACGCUCCUCCGAGCCUUCUCACCGCGCCUGCGCGAACUGCGUCAGAUGGAACCCUUCCCACUUCGGGUGCUGGUGAACCCCAGCCUGAGGGUGUUGGACAGCCGCUUGGUCACCUUCCCCGAGGGCUGCGAGAGUGUCGCCGGCUUUCUGGCGUGUGUGCCUCGCUUCCAAGCCGUGCAGAUCUCAGGACUGGACCCAAAAGGAGAGCCAGUGGUGUGGUCAGCAAGUGGUUGGACAGCUCGAAUCAUCCAGCAUGAGAUGGAUCACUUGCAGGGCUGCUUGUUCAUCGACAAAAUGGACAGUGGGACAUUUACCAAUCUCCACUGGAUGGAGGUGAAUGACUAACACUCGCCUUAGAUUGAGGGUCUGGAAAUGCAGCAUGCAGACUAAGAUGGUCACAUCUGUGCUCAGCCUGGAAUUGGUUCCAGUCUGACAGUAAACAGUGGGCUGCUGUGUGUGCUGCUCUGAGAUGAAGAUGAUAGAAAUGCUUGCCCUGAAAUCAGAUCUGACAGAAUACGAUUACAGCAGGACUACAAAUAUACCAUUAAAGGAGUGGCUAUUUCCUGACAAUUUCCCAUGGAGAGGAGUAGGCGGUAAACAUCCUCUGUACAAAUGAGACACAUUCUACCCCCACAGCCUACGCUUGAUUGAUAAGGUAAUCCAGAUAUCCAAAAGAUUUGUUUUUUGAGACAGGGUUUCUCUGUGUAGCCUUGGCUGUCCUGGAACUCACUCUGUAGACCAGGCUGGCCUCGAACUUAAAGAGAUAUACCUGCCUCUGUACUCCUGAGCGUUGGGACUGAAGGUGCAUCACACUACUGCUGGACUUGAAAGUUGUCUUAAAAUGCAGGGUCUUAAAAGUCUGAGUGUGGUGGCACACCUUUAAUUCCAGCACUCUGCUGGCAAUCGUAGGCUAAUGUUUAAAGCCAUCAAAGGAACAUAGUGAGAUUCUCUUAAAAGAAAAAAAAGCUCAAAUCUGGGGUGAUGGCUAGGCAGUUAGGUUAAAGAGUGCUUUCUUUUUCACAACACUAGAGUUCAGUUCUGAGCAUUUACAUCAGACAACUCACUACAUCUAUACCUCCAGCUCCCGGGAAUUGAGUGCCGCCUCCUGGCCUCUGCAGGUAUUGUUUUGUGUAUAAACUUUCACAGAAACAUAAUUAAAAUAAAAUCUAAAGAACAAAGCUU